AUGCCGUCCAGCACGGACCCUCGAUUGGAGCGCUUGUUCGCGCGCAGGAUGGCUACCCACCGCCCGAGGGCCGCGCCCCUUGUCUCAACGGGUCUUUCAACUGCAGGCGAGCAGGGGGGGACGAACCCCGCUAAUGGCUCCUUCGGCGGGUCAUACUGCGGGUGGGUGCAGCUGCAGCUGCAGCACUCGCAAGAUGGCGGGGGCCAAGCAGCCUGA